UCGUUAUUACACACCGCACCUUCGCUCUCUCAACCCACAUUAUCAUCUGCCUUAUAUAUCUUUCUCUCACUACAUUAUUCACCUCUCUCUCUAGGAUACGUGCAGGAUGGCAGCAGCAGCAGCAGUGCAGUCCCUGGUUUUCUCUUCUCCAAUCUCUCGUUGUUCGCACCAGCCGCGAUCUUUUUCAGGCUUGUCAAUAGGAGCUAUUCACUCUAGUGCAAGCUCAUCCUUCAAUGGCCAAUCUUUACACCUACCACGCUCAAGUAUGCCUAGAAAAAGCCAGAUGCAGAACCUCUCUAGGCUUAGUAUAAUGAUGGUCAAACCGACAAUUCAGUUCAUCCAGGGGAUUGAUGAACGGACGAUCCCGGAUGUGAAGCUAACCAAAUCGAGGGAUGGAACUAAUGGAAUGGCCAUAUUCACAUUUACUGAACCAUCUGUUUUUGACUCUUCCAGCGUAGUUGGUGACAUUACUGGUUUCUACAUGAUUGACGAGGAAGGGGUGCUCCAGUCAGUUGACGUGAAUGCAAAGUUUGUGAAUGGGAAACCUGCAGGAGUCGAGGCCAAAUAUGUCAUGCGAACACCACGAGACUGGGAUAGGUUCAUGAGAUUUAUGGAGCGAUAUGCCAAUGCCAACGGAUUAUCAUUUGUUAAAAAAUGAGGCACAUAUCCUUUUUGCUCGUGCAUUUUUCCUUUUUUAUCGUGAUGCAAUUCAUGUUGCUACAAUUAGGUGGAAUGCAAUAACUUAAAAAGAUAAUUGGAUGGUGAUUCAAUUUGAUUCUUGAUCCUACACA